CAAGCCUGGAAGUGUACCCAGAGUAAAGCUAAGGAGUAUUGACCUACUAACACACAUCCCAGCAGCAGCAGCAGCAGCAGGCUACAGAUUGGAGCAGGAGUCAGGUUCUUACAUACUGCACAGGAGGCGCUUGCAUCCCAACAAAGUAAUACUACUAUGUAUUUUUUGGGUGCUUUUUUCUGAAUACAUCUCUAAUAAUUAACUCAUUGGCUACAAAUAUGCAGUCUUUAAAAACACAAACCAUCAAGGAUACCUGAGAUCUCUUGUCAAACAUAAAGAUUGUGUAGAGCACACCAGAAUUUUGUUACCAAACAUUUUAUGGAAACGGUCACAUAUUGCCUGGAGCUCUCAAAGGAAAUAUUGACGGCAGAUGGAAUUUAAUAUAAGCACAAUCUUCUUGUUGAUAUGUUCUCAAGAGCUUUGUAAAAUAAUUCACUGCAACAGCUGAAUAAGAUUCUUAUAUUCAAUUGCUUCUAAUGCAACUGAGAAAAAUGCCAACCAUUAAAAAAGAGCAAAGCUGUGCUGAUACAAAGAAUAGCAUGGAAAAUCUCCUCGUGCUUACUCCAUCUAUACCUGAUAUGUCUGAAUCAAUGGACUCUAGCAAUGAUAUGUUGUAUAAUGAGGUUGGGAGUGGAAAAAACAAAUCAUCAUGUCGGAGGAAACGUGAAUUUAUCCCAGAUGAAAAGAAAGAUGCAAUGUACUGGGAGAAAAGAAGGAAAAACAAUGAAGCUGCUAAAAGAUCACGAGAAAAACGAAGGCUAAAUGACUUGGUUUUGGAAAGCAAGCUAAUGGCAUUAGGAGAGGAGAACGCCAACCUAAAAACAGAACUUCUUUCAUUAAAGCUUAAAUUUGGUUUGAUAACCUCAGCAUCUUAUGCUCAAGAAAUACAAAAGGUCACUAACUCCACAGCUGCGUAUUUCCAGGAAUACACGUCUUCCAAGUCUUUCUCUUCUGACCAUGAACAUUCUCUUAUGAGCAGUAGCUGUAUAUCUGUCAUUAAACAUUCCCCGCAAAGUUCUCUAUCGGAUGUAUCAGAGACAUCAUCUGUUGAGCAUGUUCAAAUGAAUCCGAUUCAGAGUAACUGCAGAACUUCUGAGUUGAAGUUCCAAAGGAUAAAGCAGGAGCCGGUGGAGGUUGAGAAUUUUCCAAGAGAACCCAGAGAGGACAAUACUUCAUAUACAGCAUCUAUAUAUCAUAAUUAUAUUGGAACCACAUAUUCUGGGUACUCCCACUCUCCCCCACUUUUGCAAAUAAAUAGCUCCUCCAGUAAUUCUCCAAGAACAUCAGAAGCAGAUGAUGGUGUGGUAGGAAAAACUUCUGAUGGUGAGGAUGAGCAGCAAGUCCCUAAAGGUCCAAUCCAUUCCCCAGUUGAACUUAAAAAUGGUCAUAUAACAGUUAUAAAAGUUCCAGAGGUGAACUCCUCUGCACUGCCUCACAAGCUGCGAAUUAAAGCCAAGGCCAUGCAGGUUAAAGUAGAAGGACUGGAAAAAGAUUUUGAUGGCACCCAAAAACUGCCUGUGCCACUUGACAUGUCAUCAAAAAGACAUUUCCAGCUUGAAAAACACAGCACUGAAAAUAUGGUACAUAAUUCUUUGUCCCCUUUAUCUGUUCAAGUGACUAAUAUUCAGGACUGGGCCAUUAAACCGGGACAAUGGCUUCAUAAGGAACUAGAUAAAAUUCCCAGUGUAUGCCAAUCUGCUGGGGUUGUUGAAAUAAAAGACAAUGUGUACAAAGCAUCUGAUUCAGAUCGCUUAUAUUUAAAGCAAGGUAUUGCAAACUUAUCUGCUGAAGUUGCCUCGUUGAAGAGACUUAUAGUUCCUCAAGAAAUCUGUGCUUCAGAUUCCAGCUAAAGUACUACUGAAAUAAAAAUAAUGUGCUUAUUGUACAAAGUAUAGUUUGCAGUAAAUUGGUAUGUUUUGUAAAAUUGCAAAUUUUUCACUGGACUUGUGACGUCAUUUCACUGUACUGUUCAUGUAAUGAUGUCUACUUAAUAUUGUCUUUUUUAGGUGCACAAAUUCUGAAGACUAGAUUGUGUUAUGAUCACUUUGCCUUGUGUACAGUUCAAUAGCCAAUACAAGGUUGUAUAUAUUGUGAACAUUAUUUUUGCUGGUCUGUUAUAAACUGUGCAAGUUACCAGUUAAAAUAAAGUAUUGGUGACAAACAAACCACCUAUGCCUAUUUCCAGUGAUGUAUAUAUGUAAUUCUUUGUUGUUCAUCCAAAAAAGAAAACAUGUUCUGCAGGGUUAUAAUUUAUGGACUUUCAUUGUUCAAGGUCCUUUGUUUAUUAAGGUUUUACUUGACUGUAGGGAUAUUAUGAUUCACUAAGGUGCCAUAUAACAUGUGAAGUGUUAACAGUACCAGGAAAAUGGUUCUUUAAAUAAAAAAGCUGAGAACUAAGAAUAUA